AUGACCGUUACUGGCUUGCCCGAACCCUGGACGGUUCGUUUUAGCAAAUCCAAAAGCAGACAGUACUUUUUCAACUCAGUCACCAAACAGUCGCAAUGGGAAGAGCCUGAGGGAACAGACCAUGCGGCCCUCAAACAGCAUCUGACAAACCAUCCACUCCGGGUGCGGUGUUUGCACCUUUUGAUCAAACACAAGGAUUCCAAACGGCCUGCGUCGCACCGGUGCGACCCCAUCACGCUGUCUAAGGACGAGGCGUUAGAGGAAUUGUCCGUCUACCAACGUAAGAUCGAGCAAGGCGAAAAAUUCGAGGAAUUAGCCAAGUUUCGCAGUGAUUGCUCGUCGUUCAAGCGUGGCGGCGAUCUUGGGUAUUUCGCAAGCGGUGAAAUGCAGCCGCCCUUCGAGAAGGCCGCGUUUGCCUUGAAAGUGGGCCAGGUUUCGGGUCCCGUGGAAACCGCUAGCGGUGUCCACAUCAUCAAAAGAGUGACCUGA